UGGUAGCGCUGGCCCUGGGAGCAUGGUAGAAACAGGAGACAAUGUACCCUCUAUAAAGUAACAGUGAAUAGCCUUAAUUAACUAUUUUAAAAUCUUAUUUUGCUCAUAGUUCCAAUAACAUGUUCCAGAAGUUACUUCUGUGGGUUAAUUAUGCCUUGUGUAAAAAUGUAUUUCCUCUUACCAUUUUUUUUUUAAUUUACUCCCACUCAUUCUCAUAUGUUGGUCCUAUGCACUAUGGAGGCAGCUGUCCCGGACAAGCAAGGCUAGAUCCAUAGAUCAGCUGCUACCUGCUAGCAGAUUAUGAUAUAUACUGUGAUGUGAGAGACGAUGCUAACAAUAUUCAGUGUCAGUCACAGGCGAGUCAAAAGGACGGCCCCUAUUCUCCAGCAUGUUGGACUGUGUACACCUCCUGAGUUCUGACACCUCGGCCAGGGAGCUACCUGCAGGCCCCGGCUCCCGGACAAUAGCAGGCCGAAUCGCUGUGCGUGUCCGGAGGCCGCGGUGGUGGCCCCCACGCUACAGCGCUAGGCAGAGGCACUAAGCAGAAGAACCUUUCCUUCCGCCUCGGUAGGUCUGAGCGCGGGAGCAUAUAACGUGACCUCUCCAACACUUCCGCCUCAGUAGAUGUCAUGGCGACGAAACGAAACUGACACGUGACCUCGGGCGGGCGGAGUUCUGUCUCACACGCUCUCGCGCGCAGCCUCGCUUUCCCCCCACCCGCGUCCCCCUCUCGCCCUGGCCGCUCGCGCAGCUGCUCGGCUCUUGCUAUAUAAAGGGGCGAAGCGGGCAGAGCGGGCGGCUGGUGGCGGCGGCUGCAGCCCGAGGGCCGGCGAACGAGGCCGGGCCAGGCCGCGGGGCUCCCCGUGUGCCGGGACGGGACGCGCGGGGCUCAGGGGGGACGUGCCGGGCAGGUUUAUUGUUUUAGGGGCGACUCCGCCGCGGUGGGGGUGUCCCGGGGGGCUCGGGACAUGGCGAGCUCAGCUAACACAAACCCCGUGCCUAAACUGUACAGGUCCGUAAUUGAAGAUGUCAUCAAUGAUGUCCGAGAAGUUUUUCUGGAUGAAGGAGUAGAUGAACAAGUCCUUUUGGAACUCAAAACACUGUGGGAGAACAAGUUGAUGCAGUCCAAGGCUGUAGAUGGGUUUCAUUCAGAAGAACAACAACUUUUAUUGCAGGUUCAGCAGCAGCAACAACAGCAGCAGCAGCAUCACCACCACCACCAUCAUCAUCCACAACCACAGCAGACUGUGCAGCAGCAAUCCCAGACACAACAAGUCCUUAUUCCUGCAUCCCAGCAAGCACCUCAGCAGCAGGUUAUUGUGCCAGAUCCAAAGCUGAUACAGCACAUGAGUGCAUCAGGCAUGAGUGCGGCUGCCACUGCAGCUACCUUGGCUUUGCCUGCUGGUGUUACUCCUGUUCAGCAGAUACUUACAAAUUCAGGCCAGAUCCUGCAGGUAGUUAGAACUGCAAAUGGAGCUCAGUAUAUCAUUCAGCAACAGCAGCCAGUGGUUCUACAGCAGCAGGUUAUACCACAGAUGCAGCCUGGUGGUGUACAAGCUCCUGUUAUACAGCAGGUUUUGGCUCCUAUCCCUGGAGGGAUUUCCCAGCAGACAGGAGUGAUUAUUCAGCCACAGCAAAUCCUAUUUACAGGAAACAAAACACAGGUCAUACCCACAACAGUGGCAGCUCCUACACCGGCACAAGCACAGAUUACUGCUGCCGGUCAGCAGCAACCACAGCAACAGGCGCAACCACAAGCACCACUUGUACUCCAAGUUGACGGAGCUGGAGACACAUCUUCUGAAGAAGAAGAAGAUGAGGAAGAGGAUUAUGAUGAUGAUGAAGAGGAAGACAAAGAAAAAGAUGGAGGUGAAGAUGGCCAGGUUGAAGAGGAGCCUCUUAAUAGCGAAGAUGAUGUGAGUGAUGAGGAAGGACAAGAGCUGUUUGAUACAGAGAAUGUUGUCGUAUGUCAAUAUGAUAAGAUUCACAGAAGUAAAAACAAGUGGAAGUUUCACCUCAAAGAUGGCAUAAUGAAUCUCAAUGGAAGAGAUUACGUAUUUUCCAAAGCCAUUGGAGAUGCAGAAUGGUGAAGUUUUUAAAACAAACUAGAAAAAAAAAAUCAGAAAGGGUUGAGACCUGGACAUAAUCUUCAAUGAAAACUUAUGUCUGCACAUCAGAAAAGAACAGUACAAACAAAACUACCACAACGAAGGUAGAGCGUGGCAACAUAGACACUACUACAAAUGGGCAAGCCAUGGGACUGUAGCAGCUAGCAUUGUCUGGGAUACCUUAGGGAUAUCUUAAUUAUCAAUUCUAUAGACAGGUACCUGCAGCUGGUAAUUAGCAUGUAAGGCUUUGUCUCCCCCUUCCUCCCCUUGGGUUAAGGUUUUAAAAUUUCUUCCACUGAACUGAAGGAACUCUUCCCUUUUGAUAUACUCUUAGUUUGACAAUGCUUAUGUGUACACAAAUCUUUGUUCUGAUCACUUUCUUUUGGUAGUGAGGGUGGUCAGAAUAUUGUUUGAACCGUGUGCAGGCUUUGUACAGAAGAGUAAGAAUUAAGGUGAUAAAUUUUAAUUAUCUUGUAUAACAAAAAUAUUUUUAAUUCUGCUAUAGUCAUGUAUAAUUUUAACUACAUUUUUUCUCAGUUCUUCUCUCAUAAACACAUUCUCAUUUCUAGUAGUUACAAAAUGUAAAAUGAUUACUUAUAUUUUCCAGCCAUUUCAAUUUGACACAAAUGACUCUUCUUUUCAAAAAUGCUGAGCACCUGUAGCUCCUUCUGAAAAAUCAAACCACUUACUUUAUUUUUAAAUAUAUUCUCAGCAUUUGAAGUGGUUCAGCCAGAUGGAGCUCAGAGGACUCUGUGGUAGCUUUCCGUCACUUCUUUAAAAGAUCAGUGUCUUGGAGACCUUGCAAAUGAAAACUCCAGGUAUUCUGAUCUUAGUGAAUGCAUUCCUCUAACCACUUAAAACAUUUAUAGUCCAGGCAUCCAUGAAUACUGUUGGACAAAUACUACAGGAAUGACUAAAUUGAAUAAGGGGAGGUUUUAUAAUACCUUAGCUGAAUUUCUGCUAAUCAGGAAACAGAGCUUAAUUGUAAAAUACCCUGUAAUUUUUAAGUAUAUUCUUACUGACAAGUUAAGAGGUGUUGCAGGUAAUCUAUGUAAAAUCUCCAGGUGACAUGCAAUUUUGGUGGUUUUUGUUCUUUUUAAAAGAAAGCAUCAGUGAGGAAAUAGUUUAUUUUGUUAGAGUAAUGUAAGCAAAAAAUUAAAAUAGUGUGUCUUGGUAAUGCAAAAAUUAAGUCAUCACAUAUGCUAAACCCUAACGUAAUUUCACUGAUCUGAAAAUGCCAUUUCAUAAAUAGCAAAAGGCUUUUGCUGUUGAGGGCAAACACAUCUUUUCUUCAUGCGGUGGUUCUACUUGCAAUCAGGCUUUCAGGAAUGGAGUCCCUGCUGCAUUCCUGAAGGAGCAAGAGAAGAAGGAAUUGGAAUUAUAGAUCAGACAUUUCCAACAAAGGAAUGAGCAUGCUUUAAGUGGCUUCCCAUUACAACUUAAUAAUGUUCUUACUAGCUACCUGAAAAGAAGGCAAAUUUAACUCAAAUUAGGGAGAACUGCAGAAGCAAAGACUUUACCCACUACUUCUUGGCUUUUGUUCUUACAAAAUGAAACUUUUAAAAUUGUUUUUAACAAAAUCACAUGUGUAUUUAAUCAGCACUGUAUAUUAACUGCCUUCUGUCUCCCUUACCUGUCUUUCUUUACUGACCUCCAAGUGCAUUCAUAGUCUCAGUAGCUUACAGGAAAUUCACAGCACAUUGCAAGGAAGAAAUCUGAGCAGUUACAUAUGUUUUUGCACCUGUGGUAUCACUAAAUAGAACAAAAUUGUCCUUAAUUCACACGUAGAGCCAUAUGUUUAUUAGUAAACCACCUGGUCUGCAUACAUUGUAAAUGUCAUUAAAGUUCAGUUUCUGGUGUUACUAACUCAUAGGUAAUUAAUGCUGUAAUCAUUUAGUAUACAAAUUUGGCUCUGGACUUCAAGGUAUCUCAAGUUGAGUGGUGUUUUUGUUUUUCUCUGUACAAAGCAGAAAUUUUGUGGGUUUUUUUUUUUAAUGUGCCACUGUGCUUUUAAAGCAUAUGUAAUUACAGUGAAAUCAAUUACUUAUCAACUAAUUAUUGCCCUUGCUUCUCUUGUGUAUCUUUGACUAGUGUUGAUGGCUAUCACGAGUAGAUUCAUAUCCUUUCAAAAUACUUAAAUAUGGACUUAGAACAAAUCCCAUAUGCUGCACAAAUGAACCAGUGAAACCCCUUUAGCUACAGAUUCCUGUUUAUACUACUGGAACCCAGAUUACUGUACAAGAUAUUUAGUGUCUUCUUACAUUUAGGGUCCUUCACCUACAUGUUUAGAGCAGACAUUGCAUAGCUUCUUUAUUUAUUUUAAGGGAUACCACAGCUUUAAAGAUGACUUAAAUUUAGUUAAUCUUGAAGGAUGUUUAGAAACCAUCUGUACAUGCACAGUGUCUUGCAAAUUAAUUAUGGUAUGCUUGGAAGAUGACGGUUUUGGUCUUUUAAUACAAGUACCUGUGAAAUCUUCUGAAAGCCAGUCAAAUAUAAACAUACCAAACUGUGCUUUUAUUUCUCUGUCAAGUGUUCCUUUUUUAAAUCAGAAAGCAUGUUUUAAUUUCAUUUUAUUGUAGCAGCUUGCUGUAAGAAUGUAGUUUGCUUAAUUUUAUUAUUGUACUUGAAUUUUAAUCAUGGUUUUAAUGUUGUAAUUGAACAGACCAUUUCAUUAGGUUCCAUAGAAACCAUUCCUUUCAGAGGGCAAGGGAUUCCCAUGUUCAUAGUUUUUAAAUUAUUAAAAACAAAUUAUUGAAAGUAGAAAAUAGAUUUUUCAUUUAAAUAGUUCAGUAUUAUGAAGGCAAUUAACGGUUUCAGGAGGGCUUAUGUUUAGAUUUGCACAGAUAACAGAGCACCUUUUUUGACUCUAAGAUGGAAAAAAUGGGAAUGAUAACUACUUGGUUAAAAUAUUAACCAUCAGGGCUAAUGGAAAUUUACAGAGCAACUGGACAAAGUUGGGAGUCUUGUGCCUUUUCAAUUUGCAGAUAUUCCUGCUUUGUCAGCAUGAUGAUACUCUAGGUCUAUUGGAUUCCUGAGACAGUAGAUGUCCUGCAGUGCUUCAGUCAUAAAUAAACAUUUCAGCUCUAAUUAUAUCGGCUUUUUAGUGUGUGCAAUCAUUUAAUAAAAACAUCAAAGUUGAAAAGGAAUAAAAAUAUGUUGUUUGCUAAGGAGAUAAUAGAGACUUAGUCACAUAAGGAACUUUAUAUUGGACUAUUUAAAUAAAAUUUAUACCUUUAUUCUCCCCUGCCCCCAGUGUUAGUGGCAAAAUGUCUGAGGUUUUAUCCACCUUUUUCCUGCAUUGUAAUUACAAGCUCCUUUUUGACCUGAGUAAUUUUCCUAGCAACAGACAAUGAUUUUACAAGUACAAAGUUUUUGAUCGCAGGUUUAUUCUCAAAAGGAGUAGAUUUGCUUCUGAAGCACAGUUGGUGGAAAAGAACAAAUAACAUGCUAAAUGUGAUAUAACAGUUUUGUAUCAGUAUGGGUUUUUUUUUUCCUUUUCUAUUUUUGAUGCAGUGUAAGAGUAAAGUAAACUUGGCUGGGUUUUAGUUUUGUUUUGUGAAAGUAACUGUAUCAUCCAUCAAUACCCAAAAGCAAUUAUGUCCCAUAAAACACUACCAGGAUAAAAUUUUGUUAUUCCAAUGCAGGAGAAAAAUGAGACCCUUUUCACUAGAGUUCACUUUGAAGUUUGUCUUCCAUUUGAAAAAGUUCCUUUUUUGUUUUGCAGAAUGCAAUAAAAUGUUUAAAAAUUAGAUCUAUGGCUUUAGGGUAUUGCACACUGUGGAUUUUUAUUGGGUCGCCUUAUACAGCUUUGCAAUUUUUUAUAAAGAUUUAAUUCAAAGUUGUUUCAGAUUGUGAGUUUAGUGGUUACAGAAGAUGGGAAAACUUGUAUGUUGUUACAUUUGUGUCUUUAGUCUUGGUUUCCUAUUAUUCUGAGUGCCUGGGGCAUAUGUACAAGCCAGGCCUUCUUUCCUGCAAAUCAAGCUACUGUUGCCUACUCUUUUUCGUGGUUGACUUUUUAAAAUUCAGUUUGGAUUGGAUAUAGAGGACAAAAAGGAACUUUUUUAAACAGGAAGAACUAUUUUGGAUUAGCUACAUGUGUAGCCAUCUGAAGUUCCCUUGUUCCAGCGUGCAUUGGGUACUAAUAAAAAUAUGGGGAAGGGGAAUAUCCUUUUUUGCUGUUCUGAGCUACUAUUGUCAACUGCUGUUGUACAUAUACUGUUAUGUGUAAGGGGGUAAAUAUAUUUAUUAUGUUUGUAAAAUUCAUUCUGUACAAUUGCAGAUCAAGGUUGCUCUUCUGUGAUAUACAGGAUAUUAUGUUUCAAAGGCCAUGCUUGGAAUACAAUUAGAGAACUUAGUAUUUUGAUGUACUAAGACCUAUUUUAAGUUUAAUAUUUUGCCUUUGCAAAAACUUUAAUUAAAGAUGUUAUUUAAAAAAUAA